AUGAUACUGGAUAGAUGCGUUGCCACGGACCGAACUUCGCGAGUGGUGAACUGUCGCCGAUGGGAUCUCGGGAAAGGAGCUAUGUAAUUUAAUUUAGCACUCCAACGAUAACACGUUGAACAUACAUAGCAGCCUACUUUCAUUACGUUUCAUCAUGUUUGUUUCAUUUAUAUUUAUAUAUUAGUUGAAAACGAAUUAAAGGAAACGCUAUUGUGUCAAAGGUGUGUAACGUACCAUUUGUUUUCUUUGACAGAUGCCCGAUAUCAUGGCCGACAUAUUGCCUGAGAAAUUCUACAACGAUAUCUUCAUUUUUAAAAGCCGAGGUUUCCAGUCUCGGAGGACGGAGGAUGGGGGUUGUUCCGGAUCUCCUGCACAAUAGGUUUAACAAAACGCGCUGCACGGAGAAGAGGCCGACUGAUAUACAGCUUGCAAUUGACUGGAACGUAUAUUAUACACGGCUCACGAACGGGGAAGCGAGUCUCGAGGGCCGUCUUCGUGAGGAGCGACCGGUGCCGGUUUAUUCCCGAUCAAAUGUUUUUGUCCGACCGUCGCAAACCUAA